UAAACAAAACUGUACUGAAUGUAUUGUGUAUGUUGUUUGUUUCUAGGAGAGCGUCAGCCCCUAAUUGACUUGAGGAAAAAAAUUGAAAAGGGCUGUGCCUUUGACAGUAUACCGCUCUUUGCUACAGAGGAAGCAUUAGGAAAGGGCAGAAGAGAGAAAGUGAAAAGGCCCCCAACAGAUGUUGGCGAGACUUCAUUUCUGGACCUGGAAAAUGCACCGGUAACAAACAAAAAAAAGAAGACCAAAAAUAUCAUUCAACAGAAGAUAAUGGCUGCAGUGAAACAAAGCUGCACUCAAAUACCGGAACCAAGAACCUCUGUGGGAGUGCUGGAGGAAUCAAGUGGACCAAGUCCUUUGUCUCCUCAACCAUGUAAGAGUUCAGACAUGGCUGAAAAGAUAGAGGAGUUAAAAAAUGAAAUUAAAGAGCUAAAGGAAGAUUUAAAAUAUGAGCGGCGCUUCAGGAUAAAAGCAGAGAGAGAGCUGAGGGAGUCGAAAGGUCAUCGAAUGGAUCAGGGAGAGCAAGUGUGUAGUGCUACUAAUAACCCCUCUCUAGAAGACCCAGUUAUGGUUCUCCAUGCUGGUACAGCUGCGGUGGUGCUGAGGAGAGAUCUCCUCAUGCAGGCAAACCGAUUAAUUUGCCAUCCCCAUGAGGCAAGAGCGCUGUCAACUAGACGCCUCUACGCUCAGAAAUGGGUGGUAAUUUCUGGCUGGUGCGCUGCACGGAGCCUGGACCCCUAUUUGUACGAAGUAUCGAGUAUACUCGCCUUCUUACAAGGGAGUAUGGACGUGGGUCGUACCCCUUCCACAUUCAAAAUGUAUGUGGCUUUGAUCAGGGGAUCGCUUUAG